AAACAAAGAAACUUAAAUAUGUCAGUGGCUGAGGAAAACAUAAAGAAGUGACCCCAUUGAAAAAAAAGAAAGAUAUAUCACUGCAUUUGGGAUCCAUCUAGAAAAUCAUGUUGAUGGGGGCAUCAGUCUCUUGUGGUUAUCAUUUUAUUCCCUUGUUUUUACCAAUGUUCGGGUGCUAAUGCUAGAGCAAUUUUGUGUCCCACAAGGAUAUAGGCCCUCUGGUGAUUUUCAGAGCAUUAAUCCUAGCCAUUGCAUCUAAAGCAUGGACCCCCAUUUGCACGAAGCCGCAAGACUGGGGAGUGUCCCACUCCUAAAUGCCAUCACCACCGAUUCAGACCAACAAAUACUCUACUCUAUAACUCCCGAAAUAUUGAACAAUGCCCUACACAUCGCAGCGAGACUGGGACACGUAGAUUUCACCAAAGAGAUCUUGGGCCGAUGUGGGGCCCGUCUCAUGCAAGCUAACUCCACAGGUGACACUCCUCUACACUGCGCCGCAAGGACCGGACGGCUCAAUGUAGUUGAAAUCCUAUUGAAUUGGAUUGUGAUGGAAGAAAGAAAUGUGGAGCUACUUCGCAUGACAAACAAAGAAAAGAACACAGCAUUACAUGAAGCGCUGAGGAAUCAGCACGAGAAUGUGGCCGUGAAGUUAUUAGAAUCGGAUUUGAAAUUGGCUUAUUUGGUUAACGAAGCAGGUGAAUCACCAUUGCAUAUGGCUGCCAGAGAGGAGUUGCUACAAGUUGUUGAAAAAAUUUUGGACAUUGAGCCAUCAGAUGAAAAGACAAACAUGGUACGAAUACGAGACGCCCAUGGCCGAACGGCCCUGCACUAUGCAGCAUGCCAAGACAAUUCUACCAUAGUUGAAAAGCUGUUGAGCGUCAACCGUUCCCUAGCUUACAUCUUAGACAACAUUGGCUACUCAUCUCUUCAUGUCGCAGCUGCUUCUGGCUCCCCAAAGGCGAUUGCUGAGCUACUUAAACAGUGCCCGGACGCUAGCGAGCAACUGGAUCCAAGUGGGAAGAAUGUGUUUCACAUUGCUAUUAUGCACCACAAGAAUUCCACUGCUCGCCGUUUAUUAUGUAUGGCGGAGCUUGAGGGGAUGAUAAAUGAGCCUGAUACAGAUGGAAAUACCCUUCUUCAUCUUGCUAUCAAGAUGUAUAAUAAACAAUUACUGUUGUUGUUAAGGGACAGAAGGGUGGACGCGACGAUUGUCAACAACGAUGGUCACACCGCCCUCGAUCUUUUGGAAUUGGACCCAUGGUAUGAAGAACUUCAGAUGAUAAUCAUGAACUGCCGAAGAUAUCGUCAUGUGAUUAACCGCGGAGGGCGGAAAGUACCUAGCCAAAUCCGCAAAACAAGACCAGAAGAUAUGCCCAAAUGGUAUGAAGACUGCAGAGCCAGGAUUAACAUAUACACAUUGGUGGCUGGACUCAUCGCCACAGUCACCUUCACCGCUGCUUUCACAAUGCCGGGUGGGUACAAGAAUGAUGGCCCAAAUCAAGGCACUGCAGUGCUCAUGAAGCAAUGGUCAUUUAAAGCUUUCUUGCUCUCCAAUACAAUCGCAUUAUGUUGCUCGCUCAUCGUAGUUGUGUGCUUCAUCUGGGCACAGAACUAUAACAAGUGGCGCUUAGUGACUACAAUCUUGUGGGGCCAUCGGUUGACAUUCGCCGCAUGCGCGGCGCUGAUGGUUUCAUUCAUGGCAGCUGUGUAUGCAGUGGUUGCACCAGAUUGCAUGUGGCUAGCCAUUAUGGUCUUGGCCUUUGGUUUUAGUACGCCAUUCUUUCUCUAUCUUUUGAUUGGUCGCUCAAUGUGGCUCAUUCCUAUGUAGCAAGGUGUUUCGUGAGUGGGAAAUUAGAUCAGUGGCCCACUAUGAGAAGCCAGUUUGAUGCAUGUGAUUGAAUGGAUGAUGCAAUCCCACUGUUUGGUACGUAAACCAUCCUAAAAAGUAACUAUAAUUGCGAGCUGUCCAAAAUUUAAUUUAUUUUUGCUUAUAAACACAGCAGUACAUUGUUGGUGCGCAAUGUUUAUAGAAUAAGCUUA